GUCGUGUGGGGAGACGGCGGUUGGAGUGGCAGCCAACGGUGACGGCGAUUGCUCGGUACGUGGUGGACAGGACCAGCGCAUCUCAUGUAAAUAGGUCGCGUACAGUGGGCUAAACGGUCGACAGGUUCUAAUUAAAACUAUGUCUGAAUAACCUGAAGUGGAUACCGUGCACAACUGAAGAUGGGUGCAAACAGUAGCAGCAUUGCUGAGCUUGCAAGUAAUGAUUACCUUAAGCGUCUUGCUGGUACAGAAUCCAUCUCUGAGAAUGAUCCAUUCUGGAAUCAACUUCUGUCAUUUUCCUUCACUACACCAACUAAUGGUGCCGAUACACGUCUCUUGGAAGAGGCAACACUUCCAAUCUCCAGAUCACUCAUUGAGAACAAUCCUCGUACAGGGAACUUUCAGGCUCUUGUUAAGAUCUUCCUUAGUAGAACCAAUGAAUUAAAGAUCUCAGCGGAAUGUCAAGACCAGCUGUUUAUUUGGCAGGCCCAUAAUGCCUUGUUCAUCAUUCGCUGUUUACUGAAAAUCUUCGUUAGCCAGAUGCCUGAGGAGGAGCUACUGCUUAACUUUACAUACCAAGAGAGGGCACCAUUGACUUAUGGGGCUGAACCAGAAGAUCUCCUGGAGGGAUUGAUAUGCAACCUAGUACAUCUCAUUAUUGAAUUGCCAUUACUAGAUAUUACAUAUAGCAUUCUUCUCGAGUCUGUGACCACACUUUUAGUCCUACUGUCUUGCCAACUAUUCCAGAAAGAGAUCAUUCGAGAGAGUGUAAUAUACAAGUAUUUAAUGCAAGGACAAUGCCUUCAGGACACGAGCAGGGUUGUCAAAACAUUACUUUACAACUUCAUUAGGCAAGAGAAGUGUCCACCUCAAGGAACUCAGAUUUUUGAGCAGACCUCUGUGGGAAAUGGAUUGCUAUAUGGAUUAGCAUCUGGUGUGGCCUCCGGCCUGUGGACAGUUCUUACAUUGGGAGGAGUUGGGAGUAAGCCAGCCCAGCAAGAGGAACCAUCAUCCCCACUGGCUAAUCGGAGCCUCUUACUGCUACUUGUUUUAUCAAAUCUGAGUAACAUGCCAAACAGACCAAAUCCAUACCGACAGUCAAUAAUGUCCUUCAAAAACACACAAGAUAAUACUGCCAUUCAGUCACCAAACUCCCACUCCUUCCAGAUAAAUUUCAACAGUCUGUACACAGCAUUGUAUGAACAACAGAAAUCUGACCAGGCCACUCUUCUGCUGUAUACCUUGUUGCAUCAGAACCCAAAUGUGAGAACGUAUGUUUUGGCCCGUACUGAUGUGGAGAAUCUGGUUCUUCCAAUUCUUGAAAUUUUAUAUCAUGUUGAAAAACGAAAUUCACACCAUGUCUACAUGGCACUUAUUAUUUUGCUAAUCCUAACUGAGGAAGAUUCAUUUAAUCGUUCUGUUCAUGAAGUGAUACUAAAAAAUAUUACUUGGUAUGCUGAACGUGUUCUGACAGAAAUCUCCUUGGGAAGUCUACUCAUCCUUGUGGUGAUAAGAACAGUACAAUAUAACAUGACCAGAACCAGGGACAAAUACCUUCACACAAAUUGCUUGGCAGCAUUAGCCAAUAUGUCCGCUCAGUUUCGUUCAUUACAUCAAUACGCAGCUCAGAGAAUUAUAAGUUACACUUGCCGCCUCUUGCGGAGAUACCUGUACGCAUUCGACAAAAUACAUUUCCCUUGCUCUCACAGCACCACAUUGCAACAGUGGUUUUCAACUUGCAGUGACACAGGAGAGGACUUAAUAUACUUUACGUGCUCGCAUAUUCUCAAGUCUUAUGCUUCCAGCCUCUUUGCUUUACUUUCGAAGAAGCACAACAAAGUUUUAGAACAGGCCACACAAUCGUUAAGUGGUUCAGUCAGCACAGAGGAGAAUCCUCCAAUACCUGAUCAUGCUCAAGAUCUCAACGUUAUAGAAGAAGUAAUUCGAAUGAUGUUGGAGAUCAUAAAUUCCUGCCUUUCCUCCUCUCUACAUCACAAUCCCAACCUGGUUUAUGCACUCUUGUACAAACGGGAUCUCUUUGAACAAUUCCGCACACACCCUUCCUUCCAGGAUGUGAUGCAGAAUCUUGACAUGGUGAUCAGCUUCUUCAGUCUUCGGCUGGAACAGGCAGGAGCAGACCUAUCAGUAGAACGGGUUCUGGAGGUCAUCAAACAAGGAGCAGUAGCAUUGCCAAAAGAUAAAUUGAAGAAGUUCCCAGAACUUAAGUUCAAGUAUGUUGAAGAGGAGCAGCCGGAGGAGUUUUUUGUUCCAUACAUUUGGUCAUUGGCUUAUAACUCCACUGCUGAAUUGUAUUGGAAUCCACAGCAAGUCCAGCUUUUUACAAUGGAUUCUGGCUGAUAACCUGCUUCUUGGGAUGAUUGGUGGUGGGGAGGGGGUAAAAGGGGCUAAGUUAACAAAACAAUUGUAUAAGAAGAGCAAGAAACUUUCGUCCAAAUUUCACAUGCUCUGCACCUUCAGUAGAAUGGUGAAUGGGCAGGGAAAAGAGAAUUGAGGACUCAACAUAAAUUGUCAUUCAUGUAUCAGAGUACUGCUUCAAAUGGCCGGAAGCAACUAAUUAUAAUUGUCAACGUUUCAAUUUCUUGAAUAGUUAGUUGUAUCAAAAUGAAUCACUUUGCCUAUCCAGGGUAAAAGGUGAUAUGUCCCUGCCCAAGUAGUAAAUAUGGGGGGAGGAGAGGAAUAUGAAAUAUCCCAUGAAUGCAACACUCGCUUUUUCCUAUCUAGAUUCAGAAUACCAAUAUUGCUUGUUGCUUGUAAUAAUGUUCAAUUAAAAUGUUUUAGAAUGCAGUCUUCCUGAUCCAGGCGAGUUAUUUGUAGGUAAAAAAACUGAGACAGAAUAGGGUGUUGUUUUAUUUAAGUGAUAAUAAAAGCUUUAAGAAAAGAAUUUGUGUACUCGGUAGCGAUAUUGCAGGCUCUGGACAAAUGAUGGAGGUACUGUCCAGCUCUUAUCUUGACAACCAAACGAGCAAUUAUACUGUCAAAUGAAUACUUUUUAAAUGGAAGUUCUUAAUUGCAUUUUGAAAUGCCUUAUGUGCACAAUUAUGAGCAAAGUAUAAAAUCAGAAUGUUGUUUGAUAAAUAUAAACCAGUAGAAAUGUAUUUUCAAUUGAAGAAUUUAGAUUAAAAUAAAACUUUAAUAUCAUUUGAUUACUUACUGGAUAAAUGUUCCUUCCUGGUUGUUAUAUAGAGCUAAAUAAACCAGGAAGAGUACAAUUUUGGAUGUAUUCACAGAAUAGUUCACCUGUAACUUACUGCAACAAAUACUUAUCUCAAAGUACCUAGUAAUAUAGGAAGUGAUGAUGGCACUCCAAUUGCAGAUGAUAAAUGGCAGAACCAAACAAUGACUUCAUCUGAAUUAACCAGUUUGCAUGUCACUAAUGCCAUACCUGACAUUUAGAACUAGAGAGGGAAAUACCUAUACUCAUUUAAAUCCUUUGCAGAAAUUACACAAUAAAAGUUUGUCUUAAACAAAAACAUGGUAGGAUUUGGUACUGGACCAAGAUCUUGUCUGCCUAUUAAGAUAAAUCCCAUGAAUCUGCAUGAAGAAUUUCAGGUAGCUUUCUCCAGAAUUCUAAUCACAAUCCAGCACCAAAUUAAAUAACCAACCAUUGUGUGGGGGAUCAUCUUUGUGUAUACAAUUGUUACUUAAUUAGCCCAAGCCAUAUAACUUCAAAGUAAACAAAAACAGAAAAUGCUGGAAUCACUCAUCAGCUCUUUGGCCUGAAACAAUAGCUCUGUACCCCUUUCCACAGGUGCUGCCUGACCUACUGAGUGUCUCCAGCAUUUUUUUGUUCUUGUUUUUGAUUUUCAGCAUCUACAGUUUGUUGAUUUUCAGACCUUCAAAGUAAUUUAUUAUACAUGAAGCACUUCGCUAUAUCCUGAAAACCAUUGCAAAUUGUUACUUAAAUGAAACUCCACACUUUUACCUGCAAAAUUUUUAAUAACAACUAAGUACCCGUCAGCAAACAAGACAUUGCAUCCAAAAUAGAGCUCCUUAUUGGUUUGCCAUCAACAUAACUAGUGAUAUUGUCAAAGUAAGUCUCCCAGAUUUUAUAACACUGGGAUCUACUUCAUGUCCCAGUCUUUUUUAGGUCUUGUAGGACCAGAAAAUGUUGUUUCAAUAGUAGUUUGUCAAGCACAUAUGAUGCCAUGACAUAAGAUCUUGCCUCUACAUUGCAUGUGCACACUGGGCAAAGUCAGUGUAGAUGUGGAAUGAUAAGCCCUCACAGUUUAGCUGGUCCAAGGGAAAACCAGCUUCAUAUUACUUAAUAUUAUUCUGUAAUGCAUGAUAGAGUUACCUCUGCAUAAGGCCUGUGCAUAAAUUUUUGCAGAACAUUGACCUACUGUAUUUAUUCUGUAAGAAUAGUAGUUCCCAUUAUCAAGAAUGAAUUUUCACAACGGCAGCGUUUGUAACUGUUUCAUGUGUUUCAGUUUUGAGGCCCGACGUUUAGAUGGUCAGUUUUUGUUCUUUCAUAGUUUGUAGGUGUUGCUGGCAAGCCAGCAUUCAUUGUCCAUCCCCAAAUCCCCUUUACCAGCAUUUUAAAAGUCAUUCAUUUUGCUGUUGGUCUGGAGUCAUGGGCCGGAUGAGAACAGCAGAAUUCCUUCCUUUUAAAACGUUAAUGAUCCCAAGAGCUUUUUACAACAGUCCGAUAAUUUCAUGAUAUUCCAGAAUACUUAAUUAACUGAAUGUCACCACCUGUAGGUGGUGCACACAACAUACUGACUUGAAAGUAUUUCCCUGUUCCUCCAUUGUUGCUGGAAACAAAUCCUGGAACUUGCUACUCAAUAACACUGUGGGAAUACCUUCAAGAAGGCAUCUCACCACCACCUUCUCAAAGGGAGAUUAGGGAUGGAUAAUAAAAGCUGGGCUUGACAGCAAUGGCCACAUUCUAUAGAUGGCUAAAACAAAAUCUUCUGUUGCAGUGUUGGGAUUUGAGCACGUCUCCACAUCAUUAGCACAGGGCUCUGAAUUAUUUUGUCCAGUUAAUUAUUAUGCUAGCCCAAUGGAUUUUAUACUUGUUACAAAUGAGUUGAAAUAAAAACCAAGUGGCAUCACCAGAACUCAUAGGAAACACAUUUGCCUGGAUGUUUGAUUGUACAGUACUGUUUAUUUCACCAUUGUGUCUGGAGAGAGAUGUGAUGUGAUGUGAUCAUUUCUGUAUCAUUUUACAUCACUCUGGAAAUGCAACUAGGUAUUUCUUGGCAUAAGUCACACUAGCGUGCCUGACCUAAUUUAUAUCAUUUGAUGCAUGCCUGAAGUGGAAUUCCACAUGCAGUACCAUAUUUGCAGCAUUGUAGGGAAAGUUGGUCGACGUUGGCCCUGGAGCACCCAUCGUUGGUCACCCCUGAAGUAACUGGGUUUUAUUAUCACUGCACUGAUCUGGGAUCCCACAAAAGUAAAUGCCAUUACUUCUGUCAUGUGCUUUUGGCCACUGCACAUUACCCAGCUAAUACCAUUCUCAUUCCUCAACCCUCUGUUACCAAUCACCUGUCCCUCAAACUGCCUCUGUUCUCCAAUCCUACCCCCUCCCCACCCUAAUAAGGCACGGAUUUUUUUUUUCUUUCCCACCCUCUCCCCACACCCAAGCCAGAACCACACCACUGCACCUGCAGCUUCAGCUGGACAGUGGUUUGGGACACUUUAAACCACCCCCAUGCCCAAUGGCUCACAGGAGCCAAGGGGGAGACGUCUCGGUGACCCUGUUCAAGGGUGAAGAGAGUUUAGCAAGUGUGUCCGGAGUGUCCCACUCAGGGUGAACCAACCAGUAAUUAAAUUAAUUAAGACUGCAGAUCAAGCCAAUAACUGAGAUAUUGAUUUGACACAUUAACUAUUUACAUGUAAUUUUUGCAGCUUACGAUUGAAUAAUAUUAACACAUCAGGCAAUUCGUGCUGUGGUUAAAUCUAUUGUUUAGUGUGUUCUUUCUAGCCCUUCAAAUAAAGGUUAUACAUUUGAAACCUGAUUGAAUCAGCUGAUCACAGUCAGAAAAAAGGGCACUGUAAUUGAUCUUAAAUAGGGAGGGCAGAAAUCAUCUGUUUUUUUUCUCUUCACUAAUCUUUACUGAAGUUUAGAGAAACAAAGGACUGUAGAUGUUGGAAUUUAGAUGAAAAACACAAUGGUGCUUGAGGAACUCAGCAGGCCAGGCAGCAUCCAUGGAGAAAAGCAGGCAGUCAAUGUUUUGGGUCAGGACCCUUCUUCAGGACUGAAGAUAGGAAAAGGUGAAGCCCAAUAUAUAGGAGGGAAAAGCAGAACAGUGAUAGGUGGACAAAAGAGGGGAGGCGGGAUGGGCACAAGGUGGUGAUAGGCAGGUGCAGGGGAGGAAGGGAGAGCAAAUCCACUGGACAUCUUGUUUGGACAGUGAAAGUCAAGGUUAUGCUAUGGUGUUCCCAGAGUGACAUAGCCCAUAAUGCAAAUUUUCUAAACUGUGGGGGGGGGGGGGGGGGGGGGGGGUAGUUUGUGUCAAUGGAACUGUGUCCAGGUUGAGUAGGAGAAAAUGGAAGAAAAGCAAGAAAAAAUGGGAAAGACAAAAAGAUAAUUAAACUAAUGUCGGAAUGAGCUAUAUUGCAAGAUUAUACAAUCUGUUUUAUUUUAGCUUGAAUAAAAAUCACCAUUGUGAUUUAAGGAAGCGUUCAUUUAUGAAAAGUAGUCUCAGCAUGCAAAAAUAUGAGUAAAGGAAUUAAAGCAAUGUAAAAUGCUUACAUUUAUGUAGUCAUUUAUACCUCAAUCUCAAAUUACAUUAUGCAGAGAAGGAGGGAGGUCUUCCAGAAUCCUAGCUAACACAUUCUCAGCUAAUCAAACAGCAAAACAAUGCCUGCUGGUUCAUCUAGUGUCAUUUGCAGCAUCUUGCUGAGAAUAAAAUGACUGCAGUAAUUGACAUCAUAUCAAUGAAUAGUUCUAAAUAUACUAUUCUAAAUAUUUAAUUUAUGUGAAUUUGAGAUAUUUGAUUGAUAUUUUAUGGUGAUAAAUAAAUGCAAAUGCCACUUCAUUGCACCAUUUUCUGGCAGAAUAAUGUCAAUUUAAAUUUGCUGUUUUGUGUCUUGAAUUUUAGUUAAGCUUCUAAACACCCCUGAAAACCCCAGGCAUCUUAGCCUGUGUGCACUGUGACAAUACUUGCAGAGAACAUGUUGCUAGGCUUCAUUCCCAGGUUCCUGGCAUAUGAUCAACAGUUCAAUAAAUGGUGAUCAGAGUAAUUCCACUGAAUUUUCCUUGAGAUUGUAUUUGUCAUAAUUAACAAUGACCACACCCGAGAUGUAAAGCUUUGAUGCAGAACUAGAAUGCAGCUGAAUUGGGAAAAGUUUUUAGAAUUCUAUCUUCAUAUUUGUGUAAUUUUAUUUUCCAUUCUUUUGUUGUACAGUUUUAUUUAUGUCACAAGAUUUUUUCUGAAUUAAAUUCAUCUCAAACAUAUCAAAUAAUUGGUCUAGAUUUGCCUUUCUUCCUCUAGUUAGUAAUUAGUUUAUUAUUGUUACAUGUACUGGAAUACAGUGACAAGCUUUUGUUUGCAUGCCAUCCAGACACAUCAUUCUAUACAUCGAAGUAGUACAAAA